AUAAUACAUGAACAUGAGAAUAAUAGUUUAACAGUUACCCUAAUACCAAGUGCUUCGUAAAAGGUUAAAAUUAAAUACUUAAACACCAAAUGUCAACAUUUACAUUUAUCUCUUGUAAAUGAACAACUUUCAAACUUCUACUUCCUAAACGUCAAAACACCAAACGUCACACCAACGCAAGCCAUUUUACUCUAUAAAUGCCACCACCAACAAGAGUCUCUUCACUCACCAAAUACCUUUCUUCUCUGCCUCUAAUCUUUUUCCUACUAUCUCAGUCUCUUUUGUUUAAUAAACUCAAGCAAAAAUGGGAGGCAGUAAGAUGCCCAAUGUCGAAGACGGGAUGUCUUCUCUUUCUAUAGUUAACACAAAUAUCCACGAGCGUCUACCCAUUGAAGCACCACUUGUGUCAUCUUACAAUGACCGUAUCAGGCCAUUGCUUGACACUGUCGACAAGCUGAGAAACCUGAAUGUGAUGAGAGAAGGGAUCCAGCUUCCCACCAUUGUCGUGGUUGGAGACCAGUCUUCGGGGAAGUCGAGUGUGCUUGAGUCGUUAGCAGGAAUCAGUUUGCCUCGUGGACAAGGAAUCUGCACUAGGGUUCCUCUUGUGAUGAGACUCCAGAGUAGUCAUAGUCCUGAACCUGAGAUGUGGCUUGAGUUCGCUGACAAAAGAGUUGAUACUGAUGAGGAGCAUGUUGCUGAAGCUAUUAGUCUCACAACUGACGCAAUUGCUGGAUCUGGUAAAGGGGUCUCAGACAAUCCUCUGACCCUCCAUGUGAAGAAGGCUGGUGUCCCAGAUCUUACCAUGGUCGACCUUCCUGGGAUAACUCGAGUUCCAGUGAAUGGACAGCCGGAGAAUAUUUACGAGCAGAUCUCUGCGAUGAUCAUGGAAUACAUUAAGCCAGAAGAAUCGAUAAUCCUCAAUGUUCUGUCGGCUACGGUCGACUUCACCACCUGCGAAUCCAUUCGCAUGUCAAGACAAGUUGACAAAACCGGUGAACGAACUCUAGCUGUUGUGACAAAGGCUGAUAUGGCUCCUGAAGGUCUCCUACAGAAAGUAACAGCAGAUGAUGUGAGUAUCGGUCUAGGCUACGUCUGUGUCAGAAACCGAAUUGGAGAAGAGACCUACGAAGAAGCAAGGAGGGAAGAAGAGUUACUGUUUAAGACUCAUCCACUGCUCUCCAUGAUUGAUGAUGAGAUUGUUGGUAUCCCUGUUUUAGCUAAGAAGCUAACUGAAAUCCAGGCGGUAAUGAUCAGCCGUUGUUUACCGGGCAUUGUACAAAAAAUCAAUGAGAAGAUGGACAACAGUAUCCUCGAGUUGAAUAAGCUUCCAAUGGUAAUGACUUCUACAAGGGAAGCUUCGAGGACAUUGAUGAACAUCAUUGGUUCCACCAAGUUAUCUCUCCUAAGAAUCCUAGUCCAAGUCGAUUUUUCUGAGUUUCCAAAUGAUCAAAACAUGAAAUCCACUGCUCGUUUGGCUGAUAUGUUAGGCCAACUCACAGACAAUCUCCAGGCACAACAACAACCUCAGAACGUGACGGGAGAGUUCUUAAUCGAUGAAAUCAAAGUCCUAGAAGAGUGCAAAUCUAUUAGACUGCCUAACUUCAUCCCAAUUCCUGCCUUCCUAGCUCUCCUAUCACAACGAGUUGAUUCAAUUCAAUCUAAGCCCGUUGAGUUCAUCACACAGACCUGGGACUACAUUGAAGGUGUUCUGUUGUCUAUUCUUACCAAAUACUCUGCAAACUUCCCACAGAUUCAAUCCUCAGUUAAAAGAGCAGGUCGUAAUCUAAUCACCAAGAUCAAGGAACAAUCAGUUAACAGAGUAAUCGAAAUCGUCCAGAUGGAGAAACUAACCGAUUACACAUGUAGCCCUGAGUACAUGACAGCUUGCACUCAGAAGAUUGCUUCUCAAGAAACCUUCAUCAAUGCUGUGCUGAACAAUACAGUCUGCAACUUAACUUCAUCUGGAUUUGGAAGUUUUCAGAUUUCGCAUCUAAGGAAGUAUAACGUGCAAUUGCUUAGGCAAGCGUUCGAUAUGAAGGUUAGAAUCACGGCUUACUGGGCGAUCGUUGUACGAAGGAUUGUGGAUAGCCUUGCUCUCUACCUUCAGUUCUCUGUCAAACAUCUUGUGAACAGUCAGUUUCAGGAUGAGAUGGAGGCGGAGUUGAUGAAUCUCAGUGGCGGAGGAGGAGUAGUUGAGAAGAUGCUGGAGGAGUCGCCGUCGGUGUCGAGCAAGAGAGAGAAGGUGGAGAAGAGUAUCAAGCUUCUGAAGGAGUCUAAGGACGCUGUGGCCGCCAUUGUUGAUCAGAACUCUGGGUGUUGAGAAGGUCGUUGAACGAUCUCUCGCUUUGGUAAAGUCGGGUCGGGUUUUAUGUUGGGCCUUUUAAGAGUUGGGCUUUUGUGUUGUUUGUUGGAUAAUG